GCCAGUUCACUAAUCUUAGGGCGAGAUCCCGACAUAAGUUCUAUGAGAUAGGGCUAUCAUAGAAUAACCAGAGACAGGAUGCAGGCAGACAGACACAUACGUGCGGUGUAACCUUUUGUCCUCCCAUCUUACUAUAACUUACCUCACCAUAUUGUAUGUAUGCGUAUACUUAUAUGUGCAUUCGUACGCAUAUCUAAAUAGACUACUAUAUUCCAACCAUCGCGUAGUACAAAUACAUACCUAUCUAUCCAUCUCCGUAUCUACACACAUCGUACAUCCGAGAUACAUCACUGCUGUGUCCAUCGAAGGUCAAUCAUGGAAGCAUCCAAUGAAAGCGUCGCCGGCAUGGCGAAACCAUUACCAAAAGACAUGUCUCAUCACUUCUCGGAUGUUACCAAGGCGCGGGCCCCUAGUAAAAUGAAGGAAUUCUACAAAUACUUCCAGAUUCCCAAUAUUGGUCAAUUCGCUGGCGGUCUUCCGAAUGCACAUCUCUUCCCCUUCGAUACGUUGGAAGCCCAGACCGCGAGACCGGACCGAUGGACGCCGUCGCCCAACUAUCCCGGCUCCGACGACCUACUGUCUUGGCAAUUGGCGGAUACUUCCAUCUCGGACCAGGCCACCGCGUCCCACGUCGUUGUGCCUCACGAUGCGCCUACCUCGGACAUAAAGAGGAAGAUAGACCUAGCUAGCGCUCUGCAAUAUGGCCAAGCCGAUGGAUACCCGCCGCUGCUUUCCUUCAUCCGCCAAUUCGCGCGCGACGUCUUACAUCCGAAUGUGCCAUAUGAAGGAGGGCCGGAGGUCAUAUCGACAUGCGGCUCGACAGACGGUAUGUCAAAGACAUUGGAGGUCUUCACGAACAUCUGGGUCGAAGGGAAGAACGAUAUCCGGGAGCGGCCAGGCAUGGUAACCGAAGUAUUCAUGUACUCCAACGUGCUCACCCAGGCGCAACCCCGAGGAGUACAGGUCGUGCCAAUCGAGAUGGACGAAGAAGGCAUGGCGCCAUUCGGUCCCGGAAGCUUAGAAGAUGUGCUUGCGAAUUGGGAUCACGAAAAAGGAAAACGACCGCACUUGAUGUAUACCGUCACAAUGGGUCACAAUCCCACAAGUGGUGUCUUGUCGUUGGAAAGGAGAAAGGAACUGUACUCGGUCUGCAGCAAAUACGACGUCAUCAUCGUCGAGGAUGACCCGUACUGGUAUCUCCAAUACCCCUCGGCCGAGAUCGAGGAGGCCAAAGCGAGAAACUUACCUAUCCCCGAGCCCAAGGUAGCGAAUACGCUCGAGAAAAAGUCCGGGUACGAGUACAUAGACUCGCUAGCGCCGUCCUUCCUCAACGUCGACGUAGACGGCCGCGUCGUCCGGCUCGACACCUUCUCCAAGACCAUCGCGCCCGGCUGCCGCAUGGGGUGGAUCACGACGCAGCCCGCGAUCGCCGAGCGGCUCCUCCGCGUCAGCGAGUCGGGCACGCAACAGCCGUCCGGCUUCGCGCAAGUCGUGAUCGCCGAGACCAUCAUGGGGCCGCAGCCUGAGGCCGCGAUGGCCCAACUCACGAUCAAGCCUAAUAGCCGGAAGGAGCAGCAGCAGCAGCUCGCCUUCAGCGGCUGGAAGAUGGACGGCUGGGUGCGCUGGCUCGCGGGCCUGCGCGGCCAGUACGAGCGGCGCAUGAACCGCAUGUGCCGGAUCCUCGAGGAGCACGCGGACCAGCUGAAGCAGUCGACGCCGACGCGCGAGGCCGACGCCGACUGGGGCGUCAUCACCAAGACGCGGCUAUACGACUUCCGCUGGCCGCGCGGCGGCAUGUUCCUCUGGGUGCGCAUGCGCUUCGAGACGCACCCGCUGUGGCGAGCUCCCGGGACGCGGGGCGGCAACGUGAUCGACGGCGUCGCGCUGUCGACCGCGCUCAUGGCCUUCCUCACCCGCAAGCCGUUCCUCGUGCUUGUCAGCCCCGGCUUGCUGUACAGCGCCACGCCCGAGAUCCGCGAGAAGCGCGCCUGGGCCUACUUCCGGCUGUGCUUCGCCGCCGAGAGCGAGGAGAACAUCGACGCGUGCUCCCGCCGCUUCGGCGAGGGCGUGCAGAAGUUCUGGCGCGUUAAGAAUGUUAAGGAGAUCGAGGAUAUCCUCGACGAGAUCAACCUCGCGAGGACGGCGCAAAAUGCGGAGGAUGGGUUGGUGAAUCUGGGGGCCUGGAUGGGGUGUUAGUUUACAUUUGAGAGGUGUUUUUAUUGCGUGUGUCGAUAAAGUGAUGGAUAUAUGGUGGCUUUACGUAUCUCCAUUGGGUCGGGAUAAAGGUAUGUUUUCGAGUUGGAGUUGAAAGCGCUCGGGAUAGAGAGAUGUUGGAGUUUUGCGACGUUGAUGUAUCCAUUUCCGGCCAAUCUACAUAUGGGACUAGAUGUUGUUUUUUACACCAUUAUCCCGGCCUUUAGAUUGAAAUCAGAAUACAUACGUAAACGUCUUAAUCACUAUAUUUGGUUGUCUUGGUAAUCGCAUACCUAAGAAGACGACUUCCACUGAUGUAAGCAUGGGAAAAGGGUUAAGGUGACCAGUGAGCUGCCAAGUGAGGAUGGCUUCACGAAUAUCUACUAGCCCAGAUAGUAGCGGGUAUGGAAAUAGGUUUUGAUUGUCGAACGUGGAGUUUUGGAACAUCAUGGCUAACGGUCUGAGAUUGGUGUGAUUGAGCUUUCGUGAAGAGUUUAACAUGGAAACGUAUAGCCUGCGAAACGGGCAGCAUAAAUACCUGUAAAUAUAUCCAUACUUUGCAAACUAUGUACGCAGAUGCCCAAGCCGACAGACUGCCUGUAGGGCUGAGGG